CAGUGAGAGGCACUGAGAGAGCUGGAGGAGUGUGGUGUUAAAUAAUUGUCAUAGCGUCUCCAACUGUUGAUGUGACACACGGAUUAUACUCAAAUCAUUUUGACUCACGAAUGGUGCAAUCUACACAAAUUGGAUCCCUGACUACAUAUGCUAUAUAAUAUAUGUUGGACUAAUUAAGAAGUGAAGGACUAGAGUUGUUUUAUUUACCCUGCAUCAAUGCAGCACGCAAGCCAAGACAUUAACGGCUGAUCACAAUGUUAAUAUCCAUUCUGGAUCUGUAUUUUCCAGCUGUAUCUUCACACUCUAAUAGGCAUUCUUCAGCGGAAUUGUGUGACUCACUGAAGACACCGUGAGCCGAGGCAAGCUAUUGCAUUAUAAUCAACUGAGAGAAAUUGAGAGCUCCGCUCAUUGGUAUUACCAGGAGCACUUUGUGUUAACGCCGAGUCUUGUGGCGUUUCAGAUUCUGCAAAGAUAUAAGGAUAAAUGAAGAGAGAACAUUGAUGCUGUUUGGAUCGAAACAUAUCUGCAAGGACACAAAUACCACAGCAAUUUCUUCUGGACCCUGCAAAGUGGCAUCCUGUAGGAACAAGGCUGUUUCUGGGCGUUCGGUGGAACAAGAAGACAUUUCAUUUGAAUUCUAGCGCUGUACAACACCAUCGUUUAUAAAAAAUGUACGAAUGAUCAUUUUGUUGCAAAUAUCAACAGGUUUAAAACGACAACAACAAUCUGAAUAAUAAUCAGCGCGCACUUGGUAAGGGGAUGUACCUUUCUAUUUUCUGUUUCUUGCUGCUCUGGGCUCAAGCCCUGACACUGAAAAACCUGAAUUAUUCCGUCCCAGAGGAACAAGGGCCCGGGACUGUGAUUGGGAACAUUGCCAAAGAUGCCAGGCUUGCAUCUGGAGAGCGAAACAGGAAAUCCAACUUUCGGGUUUUAGAAAAUUCAGCCCCACAUCUGCUGGAUGUGGAUCCUGAAAGCGGACUGCUGUAUACUAAGCAGCGGAUCGAUAGGGAAACACUGUGCAGGCGAAACCCCAAGUGCCAGCUCUCUUUAGAAGUGUUUGCCAACGAUAAAGAGAUCUGCAUGAUUAAAGUGGAAAUUCAGGAUAUAAACGAUAAUUCGCCCAGUUUCCCUUCAGAGCAGAUCGAUAUUGACAUUUCUGAGAACGCAGCACCGGGGACACGCUUCCCAAUUGCCAGCGCACACGACGCCGACUCGGGGGAAAACGGGUUAAAAACAUACCAGAUCACCCGAGACGAUUAUAAUAUAUUUUCAUUGGACGUAAAAUCCAGAGGAGACGGGACUAAAUUCCCUGAAUUAGUUGUUCAGAGACCUUUAGACAGGGAGGAACAGAGCCAUCACACACUUGUAUUAACAGCAUUGGAUGGUGGAGAACAUCCCAGAUCAGGGACUGUGCAAAUAAAUGUUAAAGUUAUUGAUUCUAAUGACAAUAGUCCAUUGUUUGACCAGCCCUCUUAUAUUGUAGAAAUACCUGAAAAUGCCCCUUCCGGUACUGUAGUGAUAGAUUUAAAUGCUACAGACCCAGAUGAAGGCACCAAUGGACAGGUAGUUUAUUCUUUUAGUGGUUAUGCACCAGAUAGGAUCCGUGAGCUUUUCUCUAUUGACUCUAAAACAGGUGUUAUAAAGGUUCAGGGUGAAAUAGACUAUGAGGAAAGUGGGAUUAUUGAGAUUGAUGUCCAGGCUAAGGAUUUAGGACCCAACCCCAUUCCUGCCCACUGUAAAGUAACUGUCAAAGUAAUUGAUAAAAAUGACAAUUGGCCCUCCAUUGGUUUUGUGUCUGUCCGCCAGGGGGCCAUCAGUGAGUCUGCGCCCACAGGCACUGUUAUUGCCCUGGUAAGGGUUACUGAUAAGGAUUCAGGGAGAAACGGACAGCUCCAGUGCAGAGUGCUGGGCAAUGUGCCUUUCAAACUGGAGGAAAACUAUGAUAAUUUUUACACCGUAAUUACCGAUAGACCUUUAGACCGAGAGGUUCAGGAUGAAUACAAUGUGACGAUAGUGGCCAAAGACAAUGGAAUCCCUCCCCUCAAUUCAACCAAAUCUUUUACAGUUAAAAUCUUAGAUGAAAAUGACAAUGCCCCACGUUUUACCAAACCAGUUUACCUUCUGCAGGUGCCUGAGAAUAACAUCCCUGGGGAGUAUUUGGGGUCAGUUUUGGCACAUGAUCCAGAUUUGGGUCAGAAUGGCACUGUAUCUUAUUCUAUUUUACCAUCGCAUGUAGGAGAUGUGUCCAUCUACACAUAUGUGUCUGUGAACCCCACAAACGGAGCCAUUUACGCGUUACGAUCCUUUAACUAUGAGCAAACCAAGUUUUUUGAGUUUAAAGUCCUAGCAAAGGAUUCGGGAUCUCCUCAUUUGGAAAGCAAUGCAACAGUACGGGUUAGUGUUUUAGAUGUAAAUGAUAAUGCUCCAGUUAUUGUCUUACCUCUCCUACAGAAUGACACUGCUGAAAUUCAUGUCCCCCGAAAUGUUGGAGUAGGAUAUAUUCUAACCACAGUAAGGGCAGUUGACAAUGACUAUGGAGAAAGUGGCCGGCUAACUUAUGAGAUUACAGAUGGGAAUGAAGAGCACUUAUUUGAGAUGGACUCCGUCACUGGUGAAGUGAGAACAGUGCAUCCUUUCUGGGAAGAAGUUACCCCAGUUGCAGAGCUAAUAAUAAAGGUGACAGACCAUGGAAAACCAAAACUUUCUGCGGUGUCAAAACUGAUAAUCAAGGCUUACACUGGCUCUCCGCCUGAAGGGGAGCCCCGAAUAAACGAGGAGCAGCGUCACUGGGACAUGUCUUUGCCUUUGAUUGUCACUUUGAGCAUCGUCUCCAUCAUCCUCCUUGCAGCCAUGAUCACCAUAGCUGUAAAGUGCAAAAGAGAAAACAAAGAGAUCAGAACUUACAACUGCCGGAUUGCCGAGUAUUCUCAUCCACAGCUAGGCAAGAGCAAGAAGAAAAAGAUUAAUAAGAACGACAUCAUGCUGGUGCAAAGCGAGGUUGAGGAGAGGGAUGCCAUGAAUGUGAUGAAUGUGGUUAGCAGCCCCUCCCUCGCCACUUCCCCCAUGUAUUUUGAUUACCAGACUAGAUUGCCCCUGAGUUCCCCCAGGUCAGAGGUUAUGUACCUGAAACCCACCUCUAACAACCUGACUGUUCCUCAAGGACAUGCUGGCUGUCACACCAGCUUCACAGGACCGGUGACAAAUACAACGGAAACACCAGUUAAUAGGAUGUCAAUAAUUCAGACAGACAAUUUUCCCGCAGAGCCCAAUUACAUGGGCAGCAGGCAGCAGUUUGUUCAAAGCAGCUCCACAUUCAAGGACCCUGAACGUGCAAGCCUUAGAGACAGCGGUCAUGGGGACAGUGACCAGGCUGACAGUGACCAGGACACCAAUAAAGGCUCCUGCUGUGACAUGUCAGCCAAGGAGGCCCUCAAGAUGAAAUCAACUACUGUUAAACCCCAGCCUCCCCAGCAAGAGCAAGAAGAGUGCAUUAAUUGCACGGAUGAGUGUCGAGUACUAGGACACUCUGACAGGUGCUGGAUGCCACAGUUCCCCACAGCUAACCAGGCAGAGAACGCAGAUUAUCGCACAAACCUCUUUGUACCAGCAGGUGCUGAAGUGAACGUCGAGACUGAGAGUUAUGAAACCGUGAACACCAAUGGAAAAAAAACAUUCUGCACUUUCGGAAAAGAGAAAAGAGAUCACACCAUUCUUGUUGCCAACGUCAAACCUUACUUGAAAGCCAAGCGUGCUCUGAGCCCUUUAUUGCAAGAACUUCCCUCAGCUUCAAACAGCCCCAACAAGACAUGUAUCCCAGCAUGCACAUCCACAAGAGGACUGAUAGAAGGCUGUGAAGUGAAAUCUGGCAACUUUGCAGAAUCAAGCGGCCAAUACCUGUCAGCCAAUAAACAGCUGAAAGACUCCGCGUACCCUCCGUCAGAUCCGAUGGCUAAAGUCCUUGGCGAUGUGCAUUCUCGAGUGAGUCGAGACUCCAGUGAGAUGGACUGUGUGCUGGAACAAUUGGACCAGGCCAACCCAGAAUUAGGCAGAGAGGCCUUGGAUGCAGAACAGGUUGUGCGUGAAAUCGACAAGCUUUUACAGGAUUGCCGUGGAAGUGAAGCCACAUCCGUGAGAAAGUGAAAAAAGGGACACAUUGGCAAUUGUGAUGCGUGUUCGUAAGAAAGGAAGGCUGAUUCAGAAAGGACUUUUCCUAAGGACAGUUAUAUCCCUGGAACGACAGAAGAUGCUGCUUCAGGUUUCUAGCAAGCAUUUCAAGUGCCCACCAAUUAAUAACUUGUCACUACAGUUCAUCUUUCACAAAGUCACAAUUCGAAAAAUGGACAGCAGGUGAUAUUUUGACAAUCGGUGAAAAAAAUAAAUAAAUGCCUUUUGGUUGACAAAGAUUGGACUCGACGCGGAAUUCACGGUAUGUCAAGAUGGACAAAAAUAGCAUUGUGGAUGUCAUUACAUUAAUAUUAAAGUGUAUAAGAGAUAGUGAUGGGGGGGGGGGGGG